GAGAGCUGGCACCAAGCUCCAGCCACCACCCUUUGCGGAGCGGAAGAACGUUUUACAGCUACGGCUUCAGCAGAGGAGGACGCGUGAGCAGCUGGCAGACCAAGGCAUCAUGCCACCACUGAAAAGCCCAUCCGCAUUCCAUGAACAGCGAAAAAGUCUGGAGCGAGCCAAGACUGAAGAUUAUCUCAAGCACAAGAUCAGAAGCAGGCCUGAGCGAUCAGACCUGGUCAAUAUGCACAUUUUACAAGACUCAGCUGCAGAGGGGUCCAUUCAGUCUACUCAAAUGAAGCUGAAAAGAGCCCGACUGGCAGAUGAUCUCAAUGAAAAGAUUGCUCUCAGGCCAGGUCCUUUGGAGCUGGUGGAGAAGAAUAUCAUUCCUGUCGACUCAGCUGUGAAAGAGGCCAUAAAAGGCACCCAGGUCAGCUUCCCCAAGUCGGCUGAUGCCUUCGCCUUCGAGGAGGACAGCAGCAACGACGGGCUGUCCCCGGAGCAGGCCAGGAGCGAGGACUCCCCGGGCUCCACCGAGCUGGCGGCGGGCGCCAAGGCCCCGGAGCCAGCCCCUGCCGCCCCUGCCGGGGCGACCCAGGAUCACUCCCACAGUGCCGACGGCCAUGCACCGGACCCAGCCUCGGGGCAGGGCAGCCAGUGUGACAGCCCCAAGCAGACAGCGGGGCAGGAGAGCCCAACCCUCCCGGUGCCCUCCGCCGUGAAGUCCAAAUCAUCCAGUGAUAGCAAGAACCGUCACAAAAAGCCCAAGGACACCAAGCCCAAGGUGAAGAAGCUGAAGUAUCACCAGUACAUCCCUCCGGACCAGAAGGCAGAGAAGUCCCCUCCACCCAUGGAUUCUGCAUAUGCCAGACUCCUCCAGCAGCAGCAGCUCUUUCUGCAGCUCCAGAUCCUCAGCCAGCAGCAGCAGCAGCAGCAGCAGCAGCAGCAGCAGCAGCAGCAACAGCAGCAGCAGCAGCAGCAGCACUUCAGCUACCCAGGGAUGCACCAAGGCCAGCUAAAGCAAUCAAAUGAGCAAAUGGUCAAAAGUUCAAAUUCUUCAUCAACUUCUGUCAACAACACCCCUCUUUCUCCUGUGAAAACCACCUUUUCAGGCCAGACUUGUGUCUCAUCUAUCAAGCCAGGCCCUCUGCCGUCUAACCUGGAUGAUCUGAAAGUGUCAGAACUGAGACAGCAGCUCCGAAUACGAGGCUUGCCUGUGUCAGGUACCAAAACAGCGCUGAUGGAACGGCUGCGGCCCUUCCAGGAGUGCAGCAGCAACGCAGUGCCAAACUUCAGUGAGAUCACCACUGUCACCUUCCCAGUCACUCCGACAAGCACCCUGUCGAGUUACCAGUCGCAGUCCUCCACCAGCAUGUUAUCCAAUGGCUUCUACCACUUUGGCAGCACCAGCUCCACCCCACCCAUCUCUCCAGCCUCCUCCGACCUCUCUGUGUGCGGCUCUUUGCCAGACACAUUCAAUGACGGGCCCAUGUCUUCUCCACAGUUCGGUCUCCAGCCAUCACCAGUUCAUGGCAGUGCCGAAGAAAGCCUCAUGAGCAGUAUGAAUGGGGGGAGCAUCCAGCUGGAGCUGGAAGGGAUUGACACAGAGAAAGACAAGAUGCUGGUGGAGAAGCAGAAGGUCAUCAAUGAACUGACGUGGAAGCUGCAGCAAGAGCAGAGGCAGGUGGAGGAGCUACGGAUGCAGCUCCAGAAGCGAAAGAGAAGCAAUGGCCUUGAGGAGAAGCAGCAGACCGCUCAGCAUUUCUUUGGUGUCCCCAUCAAGCAAGAAAACGCAGUGUCCAGCUGUCCAUUUGCAUCCAAACAAACUGCCUUGAAAGGCCAAGCCAGCAGCUCGGAUAAGUUAAGUAACUGUGGGGUGCCGCAGCUGCCUCACAUUGUAAAUAGCCACUGCUUGGAGCCUGCAGGGCAAAGCACCAUCACCUCCUCAACAUUCCUGAGCCCGCAGUGCUCCCCCCAGCACUCUCCACUCGGGGCUGCAAAGAGCCCCCAGCACAUCAGCCUGCCGCCGUCCCCCAACAGCCACUAUCUCCUCUCGGUGUCCCCCAGCUCACAGGCAGAAGGGCGCAGCCGGUCCCCGCAGACCAACAGUUGCCUUCGCACAGCAUCAAUGGCUACGCAGGCAGGUCAAAAGUUUUCUAUUCCAUCCCCAAGUUUUUGUAAGUCAAGCCCAGCCCUCUCAGAGGUAAAGCAGCCUCCACCCUAUGAGGAUGCAGUAAAGCAGCAGAUGACACGAAGUCAGCAGAUGGACGAGCUCCUGGACGUGCUGAUUGAGAGCGGAGAAAUGCCAGCCAAUGCCAAGGAAGAUCGGUCCUGCCUCCAGAAAGUACCUCAGAUAACGGUGUCUACAGGGAACUCCAGUGCUUCGCUCCCAAAGUCAUCCGCCCCAUUCGAGCAGGUCUCCUCAGCCCAGCUCUCCUUUGAGCAUUGUCCGGGCAGCAGUGAUGCUCACCUCGAGGUCCUGCUGAACGCCCACAGCCCCCUGGGGAGGGUCAGUGAAAUCGCCCUGCUGAAGAUGGGGGGAGAAGAGUCCCACUUUGAAGGGAUGAUGGAGGGGUUCUCCGGCAAAGCCGCAGAUGAACUGCUCACCUCCCAGGAGAUUUUACAGACUCCCCUCUCGCCCAUGGAAACCCAGCUCUCCCCUUCCCCUGCCGAUGGCUCUGGUUUACAAAUGAGUUUCACUGAGUCUCCGUGGGAAACGAUGGAGUGGCUGGACCUCACCCCCCCCAGCUCCGCCACCGGCUUUGGCUCGCUCACCCCCGCGGGUCCCAGCAUUUUCAACAUUGAUUUCCUAGAUGUUACUGAUCUCAAUCUAAACACCAGCAUGGAUCUGCACCUGCAGCAGUGGUGAAAGGGAGGGUGGUGGAGGCAGGAUACUGUAAGCCUGCAGCAGCCAGCACAGUGUUUCUGUCACACCAGAGAACACACAGGGCUAACGUGCCAUAUCCAGGGGAAACUGGAGUCAUUUUCCCAGCAUAUAAACUUGUUUGAAUUUCCAGUUACUGCAAAUUGACAGCACAACAGCUCUGGUACUUUGGUGUUCCUCCAUCGACACGUCCCCACAGAGGACACCAGUCCCUUUAACAACACUUGUUUAGACUGACAAGAACUUCAGUUUUGUUUCUUUUGUCUUUUUUCCCCCCAGUUUUAGCAGUCACUCUCGUGAGAACUGGAGCAGCUCAUGACAAAACUGUGUGGUGAGGAGACCUCACCGGGGCAGCGAUGGGAAAUCAUGGAGAGCCCAUUGCUGCCCUCUCUUCUACUCUCCUCCUGCCCGUCCAGCCCUUUAGGCAAUCCUGGUGGGCUCAUCUUGGGCAUGCUGAGGCCAGAGGGUGUGGGAGCAGGGAGGCUGUGUGCAGCCAGGGCGACAAGCCCACCUCUGUACAGCCAGGCUUGCCUUGCCUCCCUCCUCCUGCCCCCAAAGCUGUGUUGCCCAGUCCCUGCACAGCUCUGCUCCAGGUGGAUGAGAGAUGGAGACCACCAUGUUUGUGGUGGCACCUUGUCACGUCCUCACGGUGCCUGGGGGGCUGAAAGCCCAGGAACCAU